GCGGUGGGAUGUUAAUGUAGUGCAGUGAAGAGAAGAGAAAGCAGAAGUAUCCUAGUAAAGCUAUCACACCAGCUAGUAUCGCACGUAGACGUGACAUCAUCUUCGAAGGAAAUGAGCUCGCCGAACAGAUGGAAUGGAUGUAUUUUUGACGAAGGGGAUAUAUAUAUAUAUGUAUUCAAAGUGUUUGCGAGAGCGGUGCUCGCCGAUGUGUUUCCAUCGACGACGAGAGCAACACACCCGGAUUCGUACCGAACGACGAGCAUCGAGCAUCUUCGAGUUUCGAGUUCCGUGACAACGAAUUACGCCGGUUCAGCCACGAUUGUCGCGAUCGGAAACUGGGAGAAGGAAUUAAAGCAAAGUCGAGAGCGUUCAAGCGACCGACUGUUGACUACAAUAGUGAACAAAGAUUCUACUACAAAAGUUGCUGAAGAAAAUUUCGUGAUUCAGCUAAAGUUAUAAAAGACUGUUUCUUAACACUAUUACGUAUCGUAAGACAUUAUAUUCACGGAGAUCGGCACUUCGAAUCGGAGGAAGGUUAGGAAUCAUGCGUGAAUCGUCCUAAGGUACUUCAAGAUCAGGAAGCAAAGUACGAAUAGGAAAGCAGCAGAAGGUUUCACAGACAGAAAUAGUUUAGCAUUAGCAGCAAGCAUAAGCUAGUAUCUAUAAGUACCGAGGUGGAAGUCUUGUCUUGUUCAAAUAAAUAAUUCUGUGAAACUUUAAAUAAGUAUAAUUUUUAGUUAUACGCAUCGCGUAACAGGGUCGUCGAUUUGAAGAAACACAAAAGAAACGUUGCGUUUAAGAACGUUUUUCAACUCCUUCGCCUUUGAAUUAUAAUAUUUACACUCGUGCUUUCGAUUCAAGAGACAAGAAUUUUGAAUUUUCAACUUUUAAUUCUCUACAAAUACAAAUGAUGUACGAUUGAAUCUGACACGAUGCAACGUAUUACAACAAAACCACCCCAAAGAGGAAACAUCGUCGAGGAUUAUACCCAGACCGUUGC